CUCUUCGUCUCACUUGCACAACAACUUUCAAUCUCCCUAUUAUAAGCUUUAUACACACCAACUUGCACUGUUGACUUCUAGCUUUCUCUUCAAUGGCAGAAAAUAUUCUCUUCAGUAUUGCUGAAGCAAUUGUUGGGAAGUUGGGUUCUUUUGCUCUCAAAGAAAUUGGUUUGCUUUGGGGUGUCAAAAAUGAUCUCCGAAAGCUUAACAGCACCAUGUCUACAAUCAAAGAUGUGCUUCUUGAUGCAGAGGAGAAGCAGACACACAACCAUCAAGUUAGAGGUUGGCUCACCAAGCUUCAGGUUAUUGUGUACGAUGCUGAUGACCUGGUGGACAAGUUUGACUUUGAAGCUUUGCGGCGUAGAGUGAUGCCUGGCAAUAAAAUGAGGAAGCAGGUAUGCAUUUUCUUCUCGAGCUCAAAUCAACUUGCUUUUGCGCUAAAGAUGGGUCAUAGAAUAAAAGAAAUUAGAGAGUCUCUAGAUGAAAUUAGAAUUCAAAGAGACUUUCACUUAGACAAGCGUGUAGAAGAGACAAAAUCAGUCUCAGCUAAAGCAAGAGAGACCUACUCUUUUGUACGCGAGGAAGAAGUAAUUGGGAGGGAUGAUGAAAGAAUGAAAAUCUUGCAACUUUUGUUGCAGGAUGAUGAAACUAAAGAGAAUGUCUCCACCAUUACCAUUGUUGGUAUUGGAGGACUAGGAAAAACAACACUUGCUCAACUUGUUUUCAACGAUGCCAUGGUCCAAAAGCAUUUUGAGCCAAGACUGUGGGUAUGUGUCUCAAAUGUCUUUGAAAUGAGACCAAUUGUUGGCAAUAUCAUUAAAUCUGCCACCAAUAGUAGCCCAGAUCAACAUCUUGCAAUGGAUCAGUUGCAAAAUUUGCUUAGGAAACAAAUAGAUGGAAAGAGAUACUUUCUUGUGUUGGAUGAUGUGUGGAAUGAAGAUCGUAAAAAAUGGCUUGAGUUAAAGUCUUUGUUAAUGGGUGGGGCAAGAGGUAGCAGAAUUCUGGUAACUACUCGCAGUGAGAAUGUUGCCAAGUUAAGCCAUACAUUAGAUGACCAGCCAUUUAAGUUAAAUGGCUUGGAGAAUGAUAAGUCAUGGUCUUUAUUUUCAAAAAUGGCCUUUAGGCAAGUUCAAGAUCUGAACAACCCAAAGAUUGUGGAUUUAGGGAAAGCAAUUUUAGAAAAGUGCAAGGGAGUUCCUCUUGCCAUAAAGACCAUAGGAAGUAUACUAUACUUCAAAAAUCCCGAAACUGAGUGGUCCUUCUUUAGGGAUAAUGAACUUGCAAAAGUAACUCAGCAAGAAGAUGAUAUUAUACCAACACUCAAGCUAAGUUACAAUCAUCUCCCUUCUUAUUUGAAACAUUGCUUUGCUUAUUGUAGUUUGUUUCCAAAAGAUCAUGAGUUUGAUGUGCAAAUGUUGAUACAUUUGUGGAUGGCACAAGGUUUUAUUAAGGCAGACCAAAACCAGUUUCCAGAAGAUAUUGGUUAUGGAUAUUUUUUGGAUCUACUAUGGAGAUCCUUUUUUCAAGAAGGAAAGAAAGAUGGUUUUGGUAAUAUCAGGAGGUGCAAAAUGCAUGAUCUCAUGCAUGAUCUUGCAAUGUCAGUGGCAGGAACUAGUAGUGUCUUGAUAAAUAAAGGUUCUAUCAGUUCUAGUGAAAAUCUUUUUCAUGUAUCUUUUGAUUUUUCACUAGGUGGUACAGAAUUUUUGACAAGUGUAUCGCCCUUGCUUAAACAUCAUUAUAAGCUGCGGACAUUAUUUGUUCUUCCUACAUAUUUAGGUCAUGAGCAAGAUUUGACACUGAUAAACUGUAUGGAAAAUUGUUUGAAAUUUAAAUUAUUACGGGCACUUGAUUUGAACAGAUUUUAUUCUAUAGAGAAGCUACCAAAUAGUUUUGGAGAAUUAAAACAUUUGAGAUAUCUUGAUCUUUCAAAUUUUGAAAAUAUCCAAAAGCUGCCCAAUUCUAUCACCAACCUGCAUAAUUUACAAACAUUGAAUCUUGCUGAGUGUGAAGAGUUAUCAAGUUUGCCAAGAGAUAUGCAUAAACUGGUCAGCCUGAGGCAUCUUUUGUUGGAUGAGUGUUCGAGUCUGAGUCAUAUGCCAAGUAGACUUGGAGAACUGACUUGCCUUCACACAUUAAGCAGAUUUGUUCUGCCAGGUCAUGACGUCAGCCAGUUGAGGCCAAGGAAUAAGAGUAUUGGUGAGGUUGGUGAAUUACGCAACCUUAACAGUUUGAGAGGUAAGUUAUCCAUUGAGAAUUUGAGACCUGAUAUUGAUGAAUCAGAUACUGCAAAUUUACAAGAGAAGCAACACCUGCAAGAGUUAAAAUUAUGGUACUUGAAGUUUGAGGAAGAUCAUUUUGUGGAAAAAUACGAAAAGUCGUUAGAAUUGUUGCGGCCACAUCCUAAUUUAAAAGCAUUGAGAGUUUAUGGGUACUUGGGAGUGGGUUUUGCCAGUUGGGUUAAGUCCCUUACUAAUCUUGUUUCUUUAAGAUUAUAUGGAUGUACCAAAUGUCGGCAUCUCCCAGCUUUGCAUGAAUUACCUCAUCUCCAGAAACUUACACUUGAAGACUUGGAUUGCCUGGAGUAUAUUGAUGAUGAUCAGAAUACUGCUACUAGUUGUGACAUAAUACCAUUCUUCCCUUCCCUCAAGGUACUUUUUAUUCUGUGGUGUCCAAAACUAACUUCCAUGCCACUAUUUCCAUCUCUUGAAAGGUUAGUACUACAUGAUACAAGCUCGAAGCCAUUACGUGGGACGAUGAUGAUGGCACAUAAGGAAGCUAGUUCCGGUGCAUCGCCGUCAUCAUCGUUCCAAUCUCUAUCCAAAUUGGUGGAAAUGACCAUUUUGGACAUUGAUGACCUACAAUCUCUUCCACAAGAAGGUGUGGCCUACCUCUCAUCUCUCCAAUCUCUUCAGAUUUUGGGUUGCCCCAAUUUGACGUCAUUGCCAGAAUCUAUCGGCAACCUCUCAUCACUCCGAUCUCUUGAGAUUGGCAGUUGCCCCAAUUUGACGUCAUUGCCAGAAUCUAUCGGCAACCUCUCAUCACUCCGAUCUCUUCAGAUUAGCUAUUGCCCCAAGUUGACGUCAUUGCCAGAAGGCCAGAUGUUACGCGCUUUAAUGAAAUUGUCCAUUAAACGGUGCCCAAUGUUACAACAAAGGUAUAAUAAUACAUCUGGUGUGGACUGGCCCAAGAUUGCCCACAUUCCAAAUGUUGAGUUCGAGUGAAACUCGGAUGCAUGCUACUUGUUUGAAAAUUGUGUUGAUGCUUGUUCAAAAUCAACUAUGAAUCCAUCACACAUAGCACUCAUGGAAUAAGCAACAAUGGCAGUUGAGCUCUGCAACACUCAAACGAGAUUGGAUUGCCUGAAGCUUGAAAACACAAAGCCAUAUCUAACAUGGAAGCUCUACUUGUUGCUGAUGCGGACAAAAACAUCAAUUUAGAGAUUGGCUUGAGAAGCUUCAGUUUGUAUUAUAUGAUGCUGAUAACUUGGUGGAAGAGUUUCACAUUGAAGCUCCCAGGCAUGGAGUGAUAUCAGUUUGGGAAUAAAAUGGCAAAGCAGGUAAGCAUUUUCUUCUCAAACUCAAAUCAAUUUGCUUUUAGGAUUAAGAUGGGUCAUAACUCAUAACAUAAAUGAUGUCAGAGUGACACUAUACGAGAUUACAUGCAAUAGAGGCUUUCACUUGAUUGAAUAGACGACUAUCACCAUUUUCUCAGGCUAUAAACCAAACUAAAUGUUUCUAUUUGUUCUGAGUAAACUUAAUUAAAACUUGGUUUAGCUGUAUUAUGUAUGCCUAUCCUUAAGUAUCUCCUUGUAGAAAUUAGAAAGACCGCAUUCUGGUUUCCACAUUGUUUGUGAUAGUGCAGAUUGUUGUCUAAGAAAUGGAAACUGUGGCAGUUCCAUGUUGAAACAGAGAAUAGUGUGGCAUGACUGAGAAAUAGGUUAUAAAGUUUGGACUGAGCUGAUGACAAAGUUAAUGGAAAUGAUUAGCCAUGGUGUGUAAUUUUGAGUUCCAAGUUUUAUUAUCACUACAAUCCUAUUAUAACACUUUACCUAGCUAGAUCAGGCAUUUACACAAAGUACGUAGUUAAACAUGCUUUUCUUUAUGGUUGCUUACUGUUGAAACAUCUCUAGACUGUUAUGCAAUAUGUUUUAUUUCAUGAUGCAAAUAUGAUUAACGAUAUGUAUUAUAUAUAUUCAAGUUAUGACUAACCUCUGUUCUUGAAUUAUGUUACUGGAUUGGAUUAAACUUUGGAGGUGGGCUGGCUGACUUUGACCUUUGGCUCGGUGAAUAUGGCAAUUAGGCAAGCAUUCUAACUACAACUGUCCGGUGGUACAAGGCAUUAUGACUAACGCCUGUUUUUGAACUAUGUAAGUGGAGAAAAGAUAGGAGAUAAAUAUAUAUCAAGCAGCAGGCAUACCUUUCCUUCUGUUCUUUUCAAAUCAGGUUAAGAAAAUCAUUUCCUUUUACUUAUGAAUAUUCCAAAAUUUGUUGUUUUAAAAAGUACAUAUAUAAUUUUCACUUCUUCUUUUUUCCCUGUGGCAUUUUAAAGUCUUUGAGUUUUUGUUGUUAGAUUGACAACUUGGAGAUGGAAAUAUAACUGAUGUCAAGAACAUGUUCCCGGAAUAACAAUUAUGUUUCUCUCUUUCGCACAAAGAUGUCUUGUUUCCACUGGUUUUACUGAUUUAAUUGUCAACUCAUUCUUGGAUUCCAAUAUGUCAUCGUCAAGUUGCCAAUAUCCAUUCCUGUGCUGGCUUUGAAUUUUAAAGGUUUGAAAAUUGUGUUGAUGCUUGUCCAAAAUCAACUAUGAAUCCAUCACACAUAGCACUCAUGGAAUAAGCAACAAUGGCAGUUGAGCUCUGCAACACUCAAAUGAGAUUGGAUUGCCUGAAGCUUGAAAACACAAACCCAUAUCUAACAUGGAAGCUCUACUUGUUGCUGAUGCGGACAAAAACAUCAAUUUAGAGAUUGGCUUGAGAAGCUUCAGUUUGUAUUAUAUGAUGCUGAUAACUUGGUGGAAGAGUUUCACAUUGAAGGUCCCAGGCAUGGAGUGAUAUCAGUUUGGGAAUAAAAUGGCAAAGCAGGUAAGCAUUUUCUUCUCAAACUCAAAUCAAUUUGCUUUUAGGAUUAAGAUGGGUCAUAACUCAUAACAUAAAUGAUGUCAGAGUGACACUAUACGAGAUGACAUGCAAUAGAGGCUUUCACUUGAUUGAAUAGACGACUAUCACCAUUUUCUCAGGCUAUAAACCAAACUAAAUAUUUCUAUUUGUUCUGAGUAAACUUAAUUAAAACUUGGUUUAGCUGUAUUAUGUAUGCCUAUCCUUAAGUAUCUCCUUGUAGAAAUUAGAAAGACCGCAUUCUGGUUUACACAUUGUUUGUGAUAGUGCAGAUUGUUGUCUCAGAAAUGGAAACUGUGGCAGUUCCAUGUUGAAAAAGAGAAUAGUGUGGCAUGACUGAGAAAUAGGUUAUAAAGUUUGGACUGAGCUGAUGACAAAGUUAAUGGAAAUGAUUAGCCAUGGUGUGUAAUUUUGAGUUCCAAGUUUUAUUAUCACUACAAUCCUAUUAUAACACUUUACCUAGCUAGAUCAGGCAUUUACACAAAGUACGUAGUUAAACAUGCUUUUCUUUAUGGUUGCUUACUGUUGAAACAUCUCUAGACUGUUAUGCAAGAUGUUUUAUUUCAUGAUGCAAAUAUGAUUAACUAUAUGUAUUAUAUAUAUUCAAGUUAUGACUAACCUCUGUUCUUGAAUUAUGUUACUGGAUUUGAUUAAACUUUGGAGGUGGACUGGCUGACUUUGAAGGGUUUACCUUUGGCUCGGUGAAUAUGGCAAUUAGGCAAGCAUUCUAACUACAACUGUCCGGUGGUACAAGGCAUUAUGACUAACGCCUGUUUUUGAACUAUGUAAGUGGAGAAAAGAUAGGAGGUGAAGUAUUUGAAGUUUCAGCAGCUCAUCAGGCACUUAAACCAGUAUAAUCUUACAUGCUUGCAGAAGGAUGGUUUUUAAACAUUCACUAAGAUGCAUUGUUUCUUUAUCUCUUUCCUGGUCUAGAUAAAUAUAUAUCAAGCAGCAGGCAUAUCUUUCCUUCUGUUCUUUUCAAAUCAAAUUGACAACUUGGAGAUGGAAAUAUAACUGAUAUCAAGAACAUGUUCCUGGAAUAAUAAUAGUGUUUCUCUCUUUCGCAUAAAGAUGUCUUGUUUCCACUGGUUUUACUGAUUUAAUUGUCAACUCAUUCUUGGAUUCCAAUAUAUCACCGUCAAGUUGCCAAUAUCCAUUCCUGUGCUGGCUUUGAAUUUUAAAGGUUUGAAAAUUGUGUUGAUGCUUGUUCAAAAUCAACUAUGAAUCCAUCACACAUAGCACUCAUGGAAUAAGCAACAAUGGCAGUUGAGCUCUGCAACACUCAAACGAGAUUGGAUUGCCUGAAGCUUGAAAACACAAAGCCAUAUCUAACAUGGAAGCUCUACUUGUUGCUGAUGCAGACAAAAACAUCAAUUUAGAGAUUGGCUUGAGAAGCUUCAGUUUGUAUUAUAUGAUGCUGAUAACUUGGUGGAAGAGUUUCACAUUGAAGCUCCCAGGCAUGGAGUGAUAUCAGUUUGGGAAUAAAAUGGCAAAGCAGGUGGACUGGCUGACUUUGAAGGGUUUACCUUUGGCUCGGUGAAUAUGGCAAUUAGGCAAGCAUUCUAACUACAACUGUCCGGUGGUACAAGGCAUUAUGACUAACGGCUGUUUUUGAACUAUGUAAAUGGAGAAAAGAUAGGAGAUAAAUAUAUAUCAAGCAGUAGGCAUAUCUUUCCUUCUGUUCUUUUCAAAUCAAGUUAAGAAAAUCAUUUCCUUUUACUUAUGAAUAUUCCAAAAUUUAUUGUUUUAAAAAGUACAUAUAUAAUUUUCACUUCUUCUUUUUUCCCUGUGGCAUUUUAAAGUCUUUGAGCUUUUGUUGUUAGAUUGACAACUUGGAGAUGGAAAUAUAACUGAUAUCAAGAACAUGUUCCCGGAAUAAUAAUUAUGUUUCUCUCUUUCGCAUAAAGAUGUCUUGUUUCCACUGGUUUUACUGAUUUAAUUGUCAACUCAUUCUUGGAUUCCAAUAUAUCAUCGUCAAGUUGCCAAUACCCAUUCCUGUGCUGGCUUUGAAUUUUAAAGUUAGAUGCUUAUAAAAGAGGGCUCAACAGCAGAAACAGAUACGCUGCAAUAGAAGCUUUCAGUUCUUGGUCAGUCGCCAUUGUUCUUGUUUUUCCUUGUAACCUCUUGUUCUUAGUUUUCCUUUCUCUUGGUAUUGUUAAGAAACACUCAGGGUGAGUUUUUUGUGAGAAAGAGAGAGAGAGAGGGUGUAGAGGGGAUUUUGGGUUGGUUUAAGGGUUUGGAGAAAUCUGUACCAAGAGAAAGAAUGUUGCAUCAAGCUUAGUUCAUGGUCAAAGAACUUCUUGGAUUGUGUCACAAACGAUGCAGGUCUAUUCCGGACUAAACCUUGUAAAUUUGUUUGUGCUGAUUAUUUCUUUAGUAUUGAAUUUCCAAUAGUUUUGUUGAUAAGAUACAAGCUUUAAAGCUCAAUCCUGCUCAUCAUCAAGAAAGCACUACAGCUCAGCUCACUCCGUCAGUUUCCACAACCGCAGCUUCCAUCUAAUCAACUUUAACUUCUUUGGUCUUCUAUCAUAUUAGUUGCUGCCAUUUGUCAGUUAUUAUAGUUAGUCAAAAAAUGUUUUUCUGUAUACAGUUUAGUCAAGAUAGAAAGUAUUAUGUCUCUUUUAAUACUCGAUACUCAAUAGAUUGAUCAGUGAGUUUUCUUUUGGCCAAA